AUGGUCGGCUGGGAACCAUGCCAGGGGUUGCUGAUACGGACAUCUGCAAACACGUUGCAUGUGGCCUUUAGUGACGUAGAGGCGUUCCGAGAGCAAGCGCUUGCAGAUUGGUUUCAGUAUGUGGCAUGUAGCCUUCAGAACAAGAAAGGUUUCGAAGAGCUUGCGUCGAUUGACUUUGGAUUGUCGUCUAAGCUCAGGCGCUCUUCAGGAGUGCCACUUAGUGCUCUGGGCAAUUUCACAUCCGGGGCGGCGCUUACAACCGGACAGAAAAAACAUUUUCUUGCUGUUGGCGAUUCGUUGUGCAAACAUUGCGGAGCAGAAGAUACCCAACGACAUAGGUUGGUUGAAUGUCCGGGUACGCAGUCAGCGCGAGAUCAGAUUGACACAGUGGCCUUGAAGACAUUGCCGUGUUUGCAGUUGGAAAAAAUGCUUUUCAAGCAGCCCUUGGCGAUUGCAGAAUGGCAUAAGUACACACAGUCGUUGAAGCUUGAAACCUUUUAUGAGUUUUUCGAUCGUCGGGUAUGUCUUUUUACCGAUGGGUCCACGUACAAUGGUGCAGAGAUUCCACGAUGUACCUGGUCGGUUGUCCUAGCAGACCCUGAAAAGCUGGAAGCAGCCAUCUACGAGGUGGGACAACUUCCAGGUAGGCAGACAAAUUUUCGCGCGGAACUUUACGCUGUAGCAGUGGCCAUCCAGUGUGCUCCUGGUGCAUGGAUCUUUUCCGAUGCGUUGGGUGUGGUGCGAGGUGUCAAAAGGCUCCUGGCAGAAGGUUGGUCAGAAGCAUUCUGGAGUAAACAGAAAAACCUCGGCCUUUGGCGUUUCUUAUGGGCACGUUUGCAAUCGAAGCUUCAUUUUGAGUGGCAAAUUGUUCAUGUGGAAUCGCACAGGGACUUUCGUAUGCAGGACACGCCUUUUGCAGCAUGGACGGCCUAUUACAAUGAACAAGCAGAUGAGGCUGCAAAGGCAGUACAAAGGGAUCAGACGCAGCCUGGUUUUCGUCUUCACUUGUUGGCUCAGCAAGCGUAUAUGCGUUUACACGGUACAGCAAAGCAAGUCGCGAACCUGCAGUCCAAUCUUUUGCAACUUAGCAGGGGCACUCACUCAAAGCAGCUACAAUCUGUGCCUGUGGUUCCUGAAAGGCAGUUGCAUGUCGAGGUUGGUGCAGUCAUUGACAUCCACUGGCCUGACAAAGCUGGUGUGUUGCUAUAUCGCCGAUAA